UUAUCAGGGAGGCAGCCGAAGGGCCAGUCAUCUCCUCACAUCUUUUCUGCAUCUACCACAAUCCCCUUUAUCCGUCCUGUAUGGUGGAUAUUAUUUUCAGCUCUUCUUUCUUGGGUGAUAUGGGGGAUCAUUCCAAAAAGAAGCCAGGAUUCGCGAUGUGUGUAGGAUGUGGAAGUCAGAUCCAUGACCAGUACAUACUGAGAGUCUCUCCCGACCUGGAGUGGCAUGCAGCCUGCCUGAAGUGUGCAGAGUGCAGCCAGUACCUGGAUGAGACCUGCACUUGUUUCGUCCGGGACGGCAAAACAUAUUGCAAAAGAGAUUAUGUAAGGCUGUUUGGAAUAAAAUGCGCAAAAUGCAACCUGGGAUUCAGCAGCAGCGACUUGGUGAUGAGAGCCCGGGAUAACGUGUACCACAUCGAGUGUUUCCGGUGCUCGGUGUGCAGCAGGCAGCUGCUGCCGGGGGACGAGUUCUCCCUGCGGGAAGACGAGCUGUUGUGCCGGGCGGACCACAGCCUGCUGCUGGAGAGGAACUCCGCAGGAAGCCCCAUCAGCCCCGGACACAUCCACUCCAACAGACCGCUGCACCUGGCAGACCCGGUCACGGUGCGGCAGGCCCCGCAUCGGAACCACGUCCACAAGCAGUCUGAGAAGACGACCCGGGUCCGGACGGUGCUGAACGAGAAGCAGCUGCACACGUUGCGGACCUGCUACAACGCCAACCCGAGGCCGGACGCGCUGAUGAAGGAGCAGCUGGUGGAGAUGACCGGCCUGAGCCCCAGGGUGAUCCGGGUCUGGUUCCAGAACAAGCGCUGCAAAGACAAGAAGAAGUCCAUCCUGAUGAAGCAGCUCCAGCAGCAGCACCACAGUGAUAAGACUGUAAGCAUCUUCAACCUGCAGGGUCUCACAGGGACACCUCUUGUGGCCGGGAGUCCUAUCCGUCAUGAGAGCGCUGUGCAGGGGAACCCAGUGGAGGUUCAGACCUACCAGCCUCCAUGGAAAGCCCUGAGUGAGUUCGCCCUGCAGAGCGACCUGGACCAGCCAGCCUUCCAACAACUGGUGUCUUUCUCUGAAUCGGGCUCUCUCGGGAACUCCUCGGGCAGCGACGUGACUUCUUUGUCCUCUCAGUUACCGGACACCCCCAACAGUAUGGUACCCAGCCCGGUGGAGACGUGAAACGGGGCCCUUCAGACCUGUCGGUCCCCCUCUCCUGCAAGGACAGUUGCAGCAUGAUCCCGGUCCCCUUGCAUGUGACCAGCUCAUCACAUCGCCCAAACUACAGAGAGGAGAUUUUUGUUUUUCUUUGUGACAUGGAGGAGAUGGAACCAAGAAAGCACCGAUGACUCCGAGUUAUUUUUUUUUGUGGAGCUUUCAUUGACAAAAAACUAAAGCAGAACAAUUGUUGCAUGAUACGGAGAAAGCAGAUGUACAGAAGAACUCCCGAUGGAUAUAUACAGCAAACCUUCCCUCUGAAAAUUGGAAACAUUUCCAUGUCGAAGCAGAUGGACAUUCUGCGGUUUCAUUGUGAUCAUAUUGUGUCUUGUUUCUUCAACAUGAGAAUUUUUUUGAUACAUUUAUUGCGUUGUCGAGUCCCGUUGACUCUUUGUCUUAAGGUCAGAGCAUGAUAAUCUGCAAAUUAUUCGUGUUGUAAAAUACUUUAUCUUAAGGGCAGGUUGUUUGAGCUUCUCGAACACAAAGUAAAUUAUUGUUAUAUUAUUUAUUGUUA